AUGUAUACUUCAACUCUACUCCUCACUCUCGUUGCGUCUGCGAGUGCUCACAUUGCCUCUUGGAACAAGGGAAUGUACUGCCGAGGCGGCAACGACUCCUCCGUCGAUAACGCAAACACCAACCUCGCCGUAAACCCUCUCUACGACCUCCCCAAGUCCAAAUGGUGGAUGCAAGCCGACCGUGGCUGCGAUGUCGUCCCUCCUCCCAAGGGCGAGUUUCUCGAACUUCCAGCCGGAAAGUCCUUCAUGACUGAGCUUGCCAACAACCGCGCCUUCACCACACUUUCGUACAAGGGAGCCUUGACCACGGAUUGGCAGGACGGUAAGAACCGAUCCAUGCCUUGGAGAGGUCCUGAGGGUGGCUGUCUCAUGGAUGGUGGUGAUGGCUCUGGUGGAGAGUUGCACACCAAGAACAUCGAAUCAACUGGUGGAACUGCGUGGGCCAUUUCGUAUGAGAGUGAUAUCAGCAAGGUUACCAUGGAUAACCUUGUUGUCUUUUCCGUGCGAUACUAUUCUCCUUUCUUUCGCGAGACUUGGUACGAUGUUCCAGCCGACAUGCCAGAGUGCCCAGAAGAGGGCUGCUACUGUGCCUGGCUCUGGAUCCCCGAUGGCUGCGGCCAGUCAAACAUGUACAUGCAAAACCACCGCUGCAAGGUCACUGGUAGCACAUCCACCAAAAAACUGGGCAAGCCUAAGCCUGCCAUCUACUGUCGCGAUAACCCUACCAAGUGUGUUCCUGGACCCAAGCAGAUGAUGGUUUGGCACCAAGCUGAAGGCAACAACGUUGAUCCCCCUAAUGGCAAAACGCCUACUUACAACCAGCGAAUGGGUUUCAUGGACGGUGCUCAGGAUGACAUUUUUGUCCAGUAG